AUGAGUUCUUUAUUUAGAAGUUCUUCCAGUUUUCUAGAAUCUCAAACUAAAUUAUGGGAAUCAGUACAAUCUACUCAAAACGAACGUGAAAAAUCACUUCUUAAUAGCAACACUAAGAUGGAUAGUGGGAGUAAUAAUAGUUAUCAAAAAACGAUUAGUCAAAAUAAGAAUGUAUAUGGUUCCAAUAUAUAUGAUAAAGAAAAUGGUACAUAUGACAAUUCUUUACAAUGGUAUGAUAAAUAUUCACCAAUAAUUAUUGAUGAGGUCUCCGUUCAUAAAAAGAAAAUAAAGGAUGUAGAGCAAGUACUUUCAGAUAUGCUUUCAAAUUAUAAUGAAGAUAUAAGAAUUAUGUUGUUAACUGGGCCAAGCGGUUGUGGUAAAAGCACCUUGAUUAAAAUAUUAAGUGAAAAAUUGGUACCUUUAUAUAGAUAUAAACAUAGAAAUGAAAACCUGGAUGUUAUCAACAACAAUACUAAUGAAAACAGUCGAUUUCGUCAGAAUUAUGUUAUUGAAUAUGAAAAUUCUCUAGAAUUAAAUGAAUUGAAUCAUGUUGAAUCUUUUAAUGAUUUUUUGCAAAGAUCUAAAUAUUUUAAUGGGAUAUAUAAUUUGUCUAUAUUGUUAGUGGAAGAUUUGCCGAAUGUAUUCCAUUUAGAAACAAGGUUACAAUUUCAAUCUAUUAUUAAAGAUUGGUUAUCAUCUGUUAAUAAUCAUAGAUUACCACCACUAAUAAUAUGUCUUACCGAAUGUGAGAUAGCAAAUGAAGGUCAUAAUAUUAAUAUUACUAAUACAUAUAAUGCAGAGACCAUAUUCAGUAGAGAAAUCUUAAAUCACCCUAGGUUGAAAAGAAUAAAGUUUAAUCCGGUUAAUAACACUUUAAUGAAAAAAUUAUUAAAUAUAAUUGCUUUGAACGAACAGUUAAUGUUAAAAGAAAAUAAUAAAUGGGGUUUAAAAGACCAAUAUAUUCAAACUUUAUUGGAAUCAAACAAUGGUGACAUAAGAUCAAUGAUAUCAUCAUUUCAAUUUUGGGCAACUUCAAAAGGUGACAUAAAGACUGUUGAUAAUAGUGUAUAUAUAAGAAAUGAAUCAAUUUCCUUCUUUCAUAGUAUUGGUAAGAUUAUAUAUGGGUCUCAUGAUAAAGUGGGAAAUUUGAUUGAUGAUAAUGAAAUGAUAAACAAACUUUUGCAUAAUAGUAGUUAUAGUCACAAUACUAUUAGUAGCAGUAUCAAUAAUAAUAAAAUUCAUAACAAUAACAGUUCCACAUCCUUCAAUGAUAAUUUUAAAUUAGGGCUAUUAGAAAAUUACGGUUCUUUUAAUAAAGGCCAAUUUCCAAUAGAAGUUGCUUCUGAAAUAGUAAUGUCUUUAAGUGAAAAUGACUCUCUUUUCUAUGGUUCAUGCAGUCUGGAAGGUUUAGAAUAUAUGAUACGCAAAAUAAGAAAUCAAUUUAACAGCUAUUCUAGAAAUAUAAAAUGUAAACCAAACGGAGGGAAUGACAGAGUACAUGGGGAUUUUAUGUUCCCAAGAGAUUGGAAAUGUUACCAAAAACAACAACAGGUUAAGGUGGAAUCUACUGAUUAUCAAAACGUGUCGUUUUAUAAAUAUAAUGAAUCUGUGUUAAUGAAAGACAUUGUUUUGUAUUUAGGAUAUUAUUCUCCAUUGAUACGGAAACAAUAUGAUUAUAGAAUGAAGGCAAUCCAAUAUUAUUUGAAAGGAUCAGGUAAAAUUGACAAGAAUAAUGAAAAUAAGAAUGGAAUAAUAUCUAAUAUAGAGAAUAUUGAGGAUGUUGAGGAUAAGAUUGAUCUUUUAGAAAGAAUAGGUGGUUUGUUUAAAUUUAAUUAUAAUUCUUCAAAAAACAUUAAAUCAGAGGAAGAUAUAAAACAUGAGAUAGAGAGAAAUAUUAAUAACUUACUUCGAAAAAGAGACGAAAAACUACAAGUAUUGAUACAAAGAUGGGAGCAAAAAAAUAUGUUUGAAAGUGAUGCCCAUAAAAAUGAUCUUUAUAAUGAAGAUUAUCUUGAUGAUUCAUUAGUAGAUAGUGAACAAGAAGAUUUAGAGAGUUUGUUGGAUGAUGAGGACGAAAGUAAAAUAUAUGAAAUUUUGUCACAACAGAAGCCUAAGAAGGGGUGUGAACUUUUGGGUGCUGCAAGUCAUUCAGAAUCAAUUAAUGAUGAUAAUGAGGAGGAUAUGUUGUCAGAUUCGGAUUUAGAAAAUUUAUUCUGA